AUGUACGAAGCUGGGAAAACCCGUCAUUACGCGAUUGGAGGAAGAAGGAAGUUGAAGGAAGCAGGGAAACAAAGGCUGAACAGGGGCUUUUUUGCCGGCCGGUCUUAUAUACGUCGAAACCAGGACAAGAGGACGGACAAGGACAUGAAUUGGGCAAGCAGUCAGGCGGGCGGGCGGCAGAAGGCGGCAGCGCAACAGACAGACAGCACACAGGAACUUUGGCACAUAGGUCUCAGGGACUUAACCACCACUUUUAGAGAGUUUUUAACGGCGUCAUGA